CGCUCCCCCCUCCCCCUCCGGCUCCUCUGCGUGUGCUCCCCUUAUCUGACAGAUGAGCACCGCCAUGGCUUUGCCGCAGCACGAGCGAGAACACCUUUGGGGGCUCCGGCGAGGGAUUGGAACCGGGAUCUAGCACGAGAAGAGACCCAGUGGGGGAUCCGAGAGACGAAGCGCCGCUCCGGUUUGGGGGGCUAUGGUUGCGGCUUUGAUCACUUCUGAGCUCCUUCCGGUGUCCGGACUAUUGGGACUUUAAAUUUUACAGACAGUUACCAUUCAGUUCCUGGGGUUUCCCCCAUUUUCUCCUCAUCACCUUCCCCUUCCCCCUUUCCCUCUUAUAAAACUCCAGUGCAUUGUGAGAUUGCCAUGGAGGCAAGGGAGACCCUAGGCAGCUCCCGGCAAAGGGGAGGUGAGGCGGAUUUCCUGCCGGCCACAGUUGCCUCUGCGAAGCCUCUACCUGCUUCUAGUUGCACGGGGGAGACCAUGUUGCCUGCUUCAGGCUCUGGGAAAGGGAUCCCGGUGAGCGGAGAACGACUGGAGCCAGAAGAAGAGGAUGAAUUGGGUUCUGGGAGAGAUGUGGAUUCCACUUCCAAUGCGGACAGCGAGAAAUGGGUGGCAGGAGAUGGCCUGGAGGAGCAGGAGUUUUCAAUCAAGGAAGCUAACUUUACAGAGGGGAGCCUGAAGCUGAAAAUCCAGACCACUAAGAGAGCAAAGAAGCCCCCUAAAAACCUGGAGAACUAUAUCUGCCCACCUGAGAUCAAAAUCACCAUCAAGCAGUCUGGCGAGCAGAAACUCUCCCGAGGUGGGAAAAAUAGCAAAGCAGCUAAAGAGGAGGACAGAGGGCACUCUAAAAAGAAGGUUUAUGACCGGCCUCCAAAGCAUUCUGCUCUGCACUAUGACCCAGGCCUCCAACAGGACUUCACCAGUGACACCUUAAAAUCAAAGCACCAGCAAAAAAGCAGCAACCAGCACCAUCUUGACUGGUCAGCAAGCUCUGACACUGGAUCUGCUUCUCAAAGUUGCUUCCUCAAUACAGAAUCCAGCCGAGAAGCAGCUAGUGCCACUAAGGCUUCUGCUCAAGAGCCAGUUUCUUUCAGCAAGCCUCAGACUAAGAAAUCUGGUGCAGGAAGCACAUGGAGUCAGUUGUCAACCAAUAAUAAAGAGCUGGCUGUAUGCAGUGCAGUUCCAUCGCCAAAUAACAUCAUUGCAGCGUCCCAGCCUAGCAAUCCUUCCGAGUGCAAUGGGCUUUCGCCUCUAGCGGAUAAAGAGGGAGGAGGCCAAAUGGAGAUCCCUGACCAACUCACUGGGAAUACAAAGAAGAAAUCCAGCAAAAAAGACUUAAUAAAUCACACCAUCCAAAACACAGAUGUAGAAUGGGUGAAAAAUUCUCAAAAAGCAUUUGAGAGCAAAACCCAUGACAGCAUGGAAAGGAAAAAGGAAUCUUAUUCAACGGAUAAAAUGCUGGAAGCAUCACCCUUGAGGCAGAACCCAAAUUCUGCUAAUGGUUCUGAGAGUGACACCAGUCACGUACGAAUUACUAUCCCAAUAAAGACUCCGACAGCAGAUAUGUCUAGCCACAAAAGGAAAAAAAGGCAAUCUGCAAAAUCUUCAGCAGAUAAAACUAUCCAGGAAAAAAGCCUACCUUCUGGACUUCCCAUGAGCAGUGAAGUAGCAAACAGGACUAGUUCACAACUGGAGGCAAGCAAAAAAGAUCUCCGAGCCACAAAGCAAGGGAAAGUUCCGGAGAAUGAGUCCCCAUUGACAGCUAUUGAGAGCAGUGGGGUCAUUGACAAAGCUCCCCCAAACAGUGCAAGUAGGCUCAGAAAAUCUGCAGCUGCAUCUUCCAUGUCCGCUCCUAACAAUCUUUCUGCAUCUAGCAAGUUGCCAGAGGUCCAGCACCCAAAACUUGCAGCAAAACGGAGAUGGACCUGCAGCAAACCUAAAAACAUGCUUCAAGAAACCUCCAUGGCUACAUCCGAGAAGCUGAUGGUAGAGCCUCCUUCAGCCUAUCCCAUCACUCCAUCUAGCCCUCUGUAUACCAAUACAGACAGUCUUACAGUGAUUACACCCAUUAAGAAAAAAAGAGGACGACCAAAGAAACAGCCUUUGCUUACCGUCGAAACCAUCCAUGAGGGAACCUCCACCAGCCCGGUCAGUCCAAUCAAUCGAGAAUUUCCAGGCACAAAGAAAAGGAAGAGGAGACGGAAUCUGGCUAAGCUGGCCCAGAUGGUCCCAGGGGAGGACAAAUCCACCAGUGAACUGAAGUUUCACAAAAAGGUCGGCAAGCUGGGUGUAUUGGAUAAGAAGACCAUCAAGACCAUCAACAAGAUGAAGACCCUCAAGAGGAAGAAUAUUCUGAAUCAGAUCUUGUCCUGCUCCAGCAACAUAGCUUUGAAAACAAAAGCCCAGCCACCAUCCAGCACAGGGCCUGCAACCAUCGAUGCCAGACUAGGGAAGCAAAUAAAUGUCAGCAAGAGGGGGACUAUCUACAUUGGCAAAAAACGGGGCAGGAAGCCAAGAGCAGAGCUGCAGCCCCCUCCAGAAGAACCUAAGACAGUCAUCAAGCACUCAAGGCCUGUUUCGAGCCAGCCAGAAAACCCAGCAGUGCCUUCCAACUUGCAGUCACUUGUGGCAUUGUCACCAGCAGCUAUUCAUCCGCUUUCAACACAGUUAGUGGGGUCUAAUGGCAACCUUAGCCCUGCAAGCACUGAAACAAAUUUUUCAGAGUUAAAAACUAUGCCAAAUCUUCAACCCAUCAGUGCUCUUCCUACAAAAACCCAGAAAGGAAUGCACAGUGGAACUUGGAAGCUGUCUCCACCCAGGUUAAUGGCUAACUCACCUUCUCAUCUAUGUGAAAUAGGUUCUCUGAAAGAAGUCACGUUGUCACCAGUGAGUGAGUCUCACAGUGAGGAAACCAUACCAAGCGACAGUGGGAUAGGUACGGACAAUAACAGCACUUCUGACCAAGCAGAAAAAAGCUCAGAAUCCCGCAGGAGGUACUCUUUUGAUUUCUGUACCCUGGACAAUCCAGAGGCCAUACCAUCUGACACCAGCACAAAGAACAGGCAUAGUCACCGGCAGAAGCAUCUCAUUGUUGAUAACUUUCUUGCUCACGAGAGCAUUAAAAAGCCAAAGCACAAGAGGAAAAGGAAAAGCCUGCAGAACAGAGAUGACCUCCAGUUUCUUGCAGACCUCGAGGAGCUCAUCAACAAGUUUCAAGUGUUCAGGAUUUCCCAUAGAAGCUACACGUUUUACCAUGAAAAUCCAUAUCCAAGCAUUUUCAGGAUUAAUUUUGAUCACUAUUACCCUGUGCCAUAUAUCCAGUAUGACCCAUUGCUCUAUCUUCGCAGGACCUCUGACAUGAAGUCUAAGAAGAAGCGUGGUAGACCUGCCAAAACCAAUGACACCAUGACAAAGGUGCCUUUUUUACAAGGGUUCGGUUACCCUAUUCCCAGUGGGAGUUACUAUGCACCCUAUGGAAUGCCUUACACAUCAAUGCCUAUGAUGAAUCUUGGUUACUACGGUCAGUAUCCAGCUCCUUUGUACCUGUCCCACACACUUGGAGCAGCUUCCCCAUUUAUGAGGCCCGCAGUGCCCCCACCCCAGUUCCAUUCAAGCUCUCAUAUGAAGAUGUCCACCACUGCCAAGCAUAAAGCCAAACAUGGAGUGCACCUGCAGACGCCUGUGGGAAUGAGCCUUGGAGACAUGCAGUCCUCCUUGGCGCCUCCAAAGGUUGGAGGAACAAGCCUUUCUAGUGGCCGACUUCACAAAAGAAAACACAAACAUAAGCACAAGCAUAAGGAUGAGCGGAUAUUGGGAGCACAUGAAGAUCUGAGUGGUCUUUUUGCUAGCAAGUCCACCGGCUUCUCCAGCCAUGCGAUCAGCGAAAGGCUAAGUGGCUCAGACAAAGACCUCUCCUUGCUCAAUGAGAAAAAUAAACAUAAGGAGAAACAGAAGCACCAGCAUUGUGAAACGGGACACAAAGGCUCAAAGAGUAACUUUGAAGUGGAUACACUGUCUACAUUAUCGCUUUCUGAUGCCCAGCAGUGGACGCAGAGCAAAGAUAAAAGUGACUCGAGCAACGAUCCCAUUGACUCUUGCACAAAGAGAUACUCGGGUAACACUGAGAGUAGUGCAAGGUCAGAAUCCCUGGACAUGUUUGGUGAAAUCAGUUCCUCCAGCGAAAAGCGGGACAAUGAUGCAAGUGGGAAUAAAAGAAGAAGCUUUGAAGGGUUUGGAACUUACAGGGAAAAGGACAUUCAAUCUUUCAGGAUGAAUAGGAAGGACAGAAGUACCUAUGAUUCUUCAGCCUCUUCAGGAAUAAUAAGUCCCCACUUAAAAGCAGACCAGACUUCACUUCAUAGUAGAAUAGAAAGUUCUGCCUGUAACAUGAUGACCAGAAGGAAACCAGCAGCUGUUGAAAAUGUUGCAAUGCCACCAACGCCAGUGUUAUCGCUCCUACCUUCAUCAUCAGCAACUUCUGAUGCAGCCAGCUCACCACUGAAAAAGAGAUUCAAGCGUCGGGAAAUCGAAGCAAUCCAGUGUGAGGUGCGCAAGAUGUGCAACUACACCAAGAUCCUGUCCACCAAAAAGAACCUGGAUCACGUGAACAAAAUCCUGAAAGCCAAGCGGCUGCAGAGACAAUCAAAGACAGGCAAUAACUUCGUAAAGAAGAGGAGAGGACGUCCCCGGAAGCAACCUUUCUCAUUUGACGAAGACUCCAGAGACCAAAUGCCAGUUCUGGAAAAAUGCGUUGACCUUCCCAGCAAACGAGGUCAGAGACCCACAUUGAACCCUUUAAUACUGGAGCAAGCAGCCAGUCAAGAUACAGUCAUGGCCACCAUUGAGGCUGUAAUAAACAUGGCUCGAGAGACACCACCGCUUCCCCCUCCUCCCCUGCCGCCUCCUCCUCCACCCCCACCCCUUUCCCGGACACCACGAGUUGGAAAGAGGAAAAACAAACCA